AUGUAUAAAAUUGAAGGUCAAGAAAAUAGAGUCGUUUAUUUACCAUUCGACUUGCAGCUAUGCGCAGCAUGCACAAUACGAUUGAAAAUCUUCAAACGCUCACUGGUUUUGCAAACCAACUAUCAAAUUCAUCAUAAUCAUAUGAAUGCCAAAAUGUUGGUUAGAAGCAAAAGAGAGCCACUCGCUGACGUUUCUAAUAAUUAUACCAAUACAGAACCCAUAAAGCGACCUAGCAGCAGCGAAGGUAGAAAGUUCAAGAUUGCUGUAGAAGGAAAUAUUGCUAGUGGGAAAUCCACCUUUUUGAAACGGUUGGAGAGUAACCCUCAAGUUGAGGUUUUAGCGGAACCUCUAGAGAAAUGGCAAGAUCUUGGAGGAGAUAAUUUAAUUCAUAAAAUGUAUGAAGAUCCUGCUCGAUGGGGAUAUCUGUUUCAAAAUUAUGUGCUCUUGACUAUGAUGGAUGUCCAUAAUGCCAAGCAGCAAGUACCUUUCUGCGUACUGGAACGCUCCGCCUAUAGCGCUCGCUACUGCUUUGUUGAAAAUUUAUAUAAAAGCGGACUACUGAACAACAUGGAAUACAAGUGUUAUGUAGAGUGGUUCGAUUUCCUAAUGCAAAAUUGUAAACCCAAAUUAGAUUUGAUUGUUUACCUUAGAGCUACUCCUGAGGUAUGCUAUAGUAGGUUGAAGGCAAGAGGACGAAAAGAGGAAGAAACUGUUUCUCUGGAUUACUUGAAUGAUAUACACGAAUGUUACGAGUCCUGGUUAGGUAAUGGUGAAAACCAACUUUAUCAUGGUUGCUCGUCAGUGCUGGUGCUAGACGGUGAAAUGGAUUGCUAUUUGAAUUCAAACUAUCACGAUGAGCUAUGGAUGAAAGUUGCAACUAAGCUAAAAGAAACAUCUGGAAAGAAGUCAAUAUAG